AUGAGACAGCGUAGAUGGUUGGAAUUAAUUAAGGAUUAUGACUUGCAAAUCUUGUACCAUCUAGGGAAAACUAAUACCGUUGCCGAUGCCCUCAGUCGGAAAUCAAUUAGAAGCUUGGCUUGUUUACUUACCGGACAAAGGGCACUGCUACAUGAUUUGGAAAGAUUUGAAAUUAAUGUUGUGUUGCGUGAACAAGGAGGGAUUUUAGUUGCUAUCUCUGCACAGCUGGUAAUACUUGAGGAGAUCAAAGAAAAACAAUUACAAGAUGAAUUCCUGAAGAAAGUUAUGGAGGAAAGGGACUCCAAACCGAGACUGGGUUUCAUUCUUGAGAAUGAUGUAUUAAAAUUUCAAGGAAGGCUUUGUGUACCGAAUGAUGUUGAAUUAAAGAAACAAAUUAUGUCAAAACAGAACAUCAACGACCUGCAGGAUUACUCUAACCAUUACCAAUACCGGAGUGGAAAUGGGAACAUAUUGCAAUGGAUUUCGUCGCUGGACUGCCUCGCUCCAAAAGAGGAAUACCUUUGGGAUCCACUUUAUGUCCUUGGGCCUACCCAUGUGCUUUUGACUGAAGAUUACACUUAUGAGGAACAACCUAUUUGGAUUGUUAACCACCGGAUCAAAAAGUUAAGGAACAAGGAAAUCCCAUUGGUAAAAGUAGAGUAG